GCGGAAAAAAAUUUGAAAAAUUAUGCCUCAGGCGAUAUAUUUUGUAAAUGGUGGCCGAGGACGCGGUUUCCACUACGUUCAAGGUGCCCGUGGACGCGGAGCCCCCUAUGCCCAAGGUGCCCGAGGACGCGGAGCCCCCUACGCCCAAGGAGCCCACUACGCCCAAGGUGCCCGUGGACGCGGAGCCCCCUACGCCCAAGGUGCCCGUGGAGGUGGAGGACGUGGAGGUGGAGGUGCCCACGGCUACCAAGGAGGGCUAAACCGACGUAUGCGUAGGGCUAUAGCCGCGAUCGCCAGAAACGCGGUGCGUGCUUCCUCACCGGCCGGUGCUGCCCCGCCUACCUCACCGGUCCGUGCUGCCCCACCGGCCCGUGCUGCUCCACCGGCCCGUGCUGCCAGACCUGCCCCACCGGGCUGUGAUGCUCCAAAUGCCCCAUCGGGCUGUGAUGCCCCACCUGCCCCACCGGGUUUUGAUGCCCCACCGGCACAGGACGCUCCAUGCUGCGUUCACUGCGCUUUGAAAAAAAAUGUAAAACAAUAAAAUGAAAUAAAUAUAAUGUA